ACUAAUGAUUACGCCUGUCUUCCUUCAAAAAAAAGAAAAGAUUACGCCUUUCUGGUCCGGGUUUAUUUAUUUUUCAUGGGGAGAUAAACAUCACCAUUUUUCUUUUAGCUAGCUGUCUAGAAAAUGUUGUUGGAGUUCCUGUGAUGUGGUAUUUUGCAAGAAUCCAUUGAGAGAUAGAAAGCAAGGCAAAGAGGAAGAGGGAAGCCCAGAUAUAUUUUGAGGACCAUGAAAAUACGGUAUCUUCAAGCGUUUUAAUGGUGAAAGAUCCCUCUUUUUGGAUGUGUGAAUGUAUUUAGAGCAUGGGACUUUUAGAGCUCUUCGUUGCUGCAUCAAUCCCGGUCUUGAAAGUGCUUUUGAUUACCGGACUCGGCACGUAUCUUGCUCUGGACCGUGUCAGUAUAUUGGGAGAUGAAGCCAGAAAACAUGUUAAUAAUCUUGUCUUUUACAUAUAUAAUCCAGCAUUGGUGGCCAGCAACCUUGCCAAAACAAUUACAUACGACAGUAUGAUCAAGUUGUGGUUCAUGCCCUUCAAUAUCCUUAUCACGUUUAUCAUAGGCUCCAUACUUGGAUGGAUAGUGAUAUUGUUCACGCGACCUCCCCUACACCUGCGAGGUCUCAUAGUGGGUUGCUGUGCUGCAGGAAAUAUGGGGAACAUGCUCUUUAUAAUAAUCCCAGCAAUUUGUAAAGAGAAAGGAAGUCCAUUUGGAUCUCCCGAUGCAUGUCAUUCUUAUGGAAUGGCCUAUUCUUCACUUUCAAUGGCGAUUGGAGCCAUUUAUUUGUGGUCAUAUGUCUACAACAUUGUACGGAUGUCUUCAAUUAGGAGCAUUGUAGAACCUAAGACAAACAACUCCUCCAAUGGUAAGUCUUUCAGGGGAACCUCUACAUCAGAACUGGAGAGUUGUACGGAACCACUACUUCCUUCUGAACAUGUACAUCAGUGCAUACUGCCCUGCACUAGAUCAGAUGCAAAAGCUGAGGUGUCAGUUUCAAACAAAAUAAAGCAGCAACUGAGGAUGGUUUUCGAAAACAUCAACUGGAAGUUACUGUUUGCUCCUUCAACCAUUGGAGUGAUUGUUGGAUUUGCUGUUGGACUCAUCCCUCAGAUUCGUAAGCUGAUGGUUGGUGAUGCCGCUCCUUUGCGUGUCAUUCAAAACUCGACUUCCUUGUUGGGAGAUGGAGCCAUUCCAACAACCACCCUGAUAGUGGGCGGAAACCUUCUUAAAGGUCUAAGAGGGCCAGGAAUUCAGAAGUCUCUUAUAAUCAGCAUUGUAGCUGCUCGUUACAUUGCUUUGCCUCUCAUUGGCAUCUUAGUUGUUAAAGGGGCACUUCAUCUUGGUUUGUUGCAGGCCGAUCCUUUGUAUCAAUUUAUUCUUCUGCUUCAGUUUGCAGUUCCACCUGCCAUGAAUAUAGGAACCAUGACACAAUUGUUUGGAGCAGGAGAGAGUGAAUGUUCUGUUAUUAUGCUGUGGACUUACGCCUUGGCUUCAAUCUCCUUAACUCUGUGGUCAACCUUCUUCAUGUGGCUGGUGGCUUGAACUAGUCAGGCAGGGCACGUAGUCAAUUCAGCGAACGAUACAGUAUGCAACAAAUGAAGAAGGAUAUGGAUUCAGAAAAGUCGACUUAGCUGCAGAUGAUUUCGUUCCUGUUUUGGCCCCUUCCAACUUUUUGAAAUUUGAUAGGGUUGUAGAGAGCAUUAGAAAUGCAUUACGCCAUUAGGGAUAUAAUGCUCGAGGAUGAACAAAUCAGCCUUGAGGAUACAACAUUAGGAGAAAAAUAAGGGAUUAUCAAGAUUUUGGUACCAUUUUUUGCAAUAUAUAUAGGUGUCCCUGGUUUGUUUACGGUCCCCGUCUAUAGAGGCAACAAAAAUGUAUUGGCAGGUGUCCAUGGUCAAAUUCAAUUUCAAACAGUUUAUCAAUUCAUACCCUUCAUGUUUUAGUGCCU